AUCCGGCAAGAUGGUCCCCUCGCUUUGUCUCCCCUGACCGGAGUUACUUGGGUAUUCAGCAGCUAUUCUUGUUUCUGCUCCAUCGAGAACCCUGUAAGUGAGGCUGAAGUGGACAACCUGAAGUCAGAACAAAACGUGCCUCUGUAAAUCGAGAAAUGACGACGAUGAACAGCAGGUGAAAUAAGUCUGGCCUGAAUCUGAAUCUAACUUAGACCAAAUGGCAGAAAACGCAGAGGAGCCUGGUAGCUCAACAGAAACAAUGAAGUCCUCCUCUUCUCACAACAAGAGGAAAUCCACUACUGUAGCGAAGCACACUGGACUGAAUGAAUCCGACACCUCAGCAGAGAGUGAAAAUGAAGGUGCCACUUCUGGCAAUCCUUCAGACAGUAACACGGGCAGUGCAUCUAAAGGCACUUUAGUGAUGAGGCCAGCUGGGAAUGAAAACAAAGGCGCCAUGAAGCUCAGAGUGGAUUUCAAGCAGAAACAAAAAGAUGAUACCCUGGUAAACUGCACAGCUUGUGGAAAACAAGUAAACCAGUUCCAGCGCAACUCAGUGUAUGAGCAUCCUGCGCUCAAAGUACUUAUUUGUAAGUCAUGCUACAAGUAUUACACAAGUGAUGACAUCAGCAGAGACUCAGAUGGAAUGGACGAGCAGUGCAGGUGGUGUGCUGAAGGGGGCAAGCUCAUCUGCUGUGACUACUGCAACAACGCUUUCUGCAAGAAGUGCAUCCUGCGCAACCUGGGCAGAAGGGAGUUGUCAACCAUUACUGAUGAGAACUCAAAGUGGCACUGCUAUGUCUGUAGGUCAGAUCCCCUUCAGGACCUGGUCUCCAAAUGCCACGGCGUCAUGGAAAAACAAAAUCAUGAGAAACACGAGAAACAUGAGAAACUCAAGCAACGGAAAACGGAUAAAACUGAGGAAAGAGAGAGCAAGAGACACGAGAGCAAAACAGUCAAAGAGCACAAAGCAGUUGUUAAUGGGAAAGAGCACACCGAAGGCUCAGGGACCAUGACAUUCUCCUACAAAAAACUGCAGUUACCCAAAGAACUUAUAAAAAAAGCAAAAAACCUUGUUGAAACAACCACAGGUCUGAACAAUACGUUCAUCCAGUUCAUCCAGCAGACAGCCGAGGAGCAGGGAGACAAAGCUAUCAGGUAUCGGCAUUUGAAAGCCUUCAAGGCCGUACUUGCAGAUUUGAAAAAAGCCCACACUGCUUUGGAGGCGGCCUUGGAGCCAGAGUUUAAAAACAUGGAGUUACAGAAUGGCAAUGAAGGGCAACAUAUUGUAAAAAAAAGCACUAUUGCUGCGCCACCUGCAGAAAAUGACCAUGUGGAUAAUGCGGCCAAUGCUUUUGAUGAGGCUGAAGCAACUGAGGAGGCUGAUGCUGCUGUUGGGGAACCGGGAAUGAAGCAGGAUGUGGACAACAAUCAGGUGUCAAAUGUGGCUGAAAUGAGAGACAGCCAAACAGGAACUGAUGUAACCAAAAAGACAAUUAAAACUGAAGUCUGUGAUGAGCUAAUGUCACCUGGUGAAAUGUCCCUCGAUCACGACAUUAUGUCUGUUCCUCCUUCGGUUCCAGAGGAGCUUUUUCAGAUGGUGGAGAGUCUUGCGGAUCCUACCACGCUCUCACAGACUCCAGACACCAAUCCAGCAACGGUUGUAGAUGCUGAUACAAAGUCAAAUGGAACCUCAUCAAAUUCUCCACGUCCGCAGCCCAAGGUGAAGAACCUCAUAGUUAAACUGACUCCAGUGCCGGUUGUGACUACAUGUGGGUCAAGAUCUUCCAGGUCCAAAAACAAAGAAAAAGACGGAGAGAUGGUGAAAAAGUGUAAAAAAGAGAAGAAAGACGAUGCUUCUGAUACAUUAGAUAGAACAGAGAGCCCACCACCAAGUCGUCGCUCUAGUAGAGUUAAGACCACUCCACUGAGGAAGCAGGCUGAGAAUAAGGGCAAAGAAGACUCAUCUGAAUCUGAGUCAGAAGAAGAUCAUAAGGGCAAGUCCAAGUCCUCCAAGAAAUCCAGCAGCACAAAAAAAGAGGAUCGGAAGCAGAGCAAGACAUCUUUGUCAGAGAAAAAGACUGAAGACUCUGAUUCAGAUGAAGUUCCCAACAUCUUGCUAAAGAAAGCUGCAGAAGGCCACAGUUCAGAUGAGGAACAGGGAAGCACAAGUGCAAAAAAGCGUUUAUUCAAAGUAAACAACACAUCUUCACAUGAUACAGACAAAGCAUCCAAACGUAAAAGGGAUUCUGAAAGCUCUGAGUCAGACAAAGGCAAAAAGUCAUCCAAGAAAAAGAAACAGACUGGCUCAGCCUCCUCCAACUCUGACUCUGACCAAGAGAAGGAGACAAAGAGUAAAGUUGGUACAGCGAAGAGGAGAUCCAGCCGUGUGAAGAAACAGAAUGAAGCAAAAGAGGAAGAGAAAGACUCACCUGAGAGAAAGGGGUCGAGUCGCAAACGGUCUUAUGAAAAGAAACGCAAAGGGAAAAGCCCCAAAGGAGUCUCCAAGCUGCAGUCAUCCUCCAGCGAGGAUGAGGAGGAGCAGCAGGUUGAAGGCGACUCCGGAGAAGACAGUGACGAGCAAAAGAUAAAACCCAUUGUGGAAGAGAACGUGGCGGGAGGCAACGGGAAUUUUCAUCAGUCCUCAGGAGACGAAAUGGAUGGCAAAGAAGAAGUUUCUCAAGUUUUUGAAGAUGAUGACGAUGAUGAUCCUGAGAACAGGAUUGCGAAGAAAAUGCUUCUUGCUCAAAUAAAGUCCAACUUUUCCUCCGGAGCAGAGAGUUCCUCUGAUAAUGAAGAUGCAGACAAGGAUGACAAGUCCUCCAAGAAAGUUAAAAAAGAGGAAGAUGAUGAAGACGAGGAGCAGCAAGACGACGAUGAUUCAGAUGACUCUGGUUCUGACGUGGAAGUGAAGAAGCAUGGCCGGCGCCACAAGUUGCUAAAACAUAAACUCUCACUGAGUGAGGGAGAAUCAGGAGAUGAGAAAGCUACCAGUAAAGACAAGAAAAACAAGGGUGGCAAGAAGAAGUCAGGGCGUAGAGUGGACAGCGAUGACUCUGCAGACUCCAACUUUGAGAAGUCAGAGUCCAGUGCAGAAUCCAGUGCAGAGUCGGGGAUAAGUGAGGAGCUUAGUGAAUCAGGCAACGAUGGGAAACGAAAGACCAGAGCUGCGAAGAAGAAAGAUGAGGAGAAACAGAGAAGUUACAAACAGAAGAAGAAGCGACGCAGGAUCAAAGUUCAGGAUUCAUCCUCCAGCAAUGAGAAGAGUGGACAGGAAGAUGACGGUGAAAAAGAUGGAGAUGAACGCAAAGGACGCAAAAAGAUUCGCAAAAUCCUGAAGGAUGACAAGCUGCGGAUGGAGACGAGGGAUGCUCUGAAAGAAGAGGAGGAGAGGAGGAAACGUAUUGCGGAGAGAGAGGCGCUUAGGAAGAAACUUCGAGAGACAAUUGUGGUAGAGGAGUCUUCCCAGGUGGCCUGUCCCAUCACCACCAAGCUAGUAUUGGAUGAGGAUGAAGAGACUAAGGAGCCACUUGUGCAGGUGCACAGGAACCUCGUCACCAAGCUCAAACCUCACCAGGUUGACGGGGUGCAGUUCAUGUGGGACUGCUGCUGUGAAUCUGUGAAGAAGAUGGAGAAGUCUACUGGCUCCGGCUGCAUCCUCGCCCACUGUAUGGGACUGGGAAAAACUCUGCAGGUGGUGACAUUCCUUCACACUUUGCUGCUUUGUGAGAAGCUUGACUUUACCAGGGCCCUGGUGGUUUGUCCCCUGAACACUGUCCUCAAUUGGCUCAAUGAGUUUGAGAAGUGGCAACAAGGAAUGAAAGAUGAUGAAAGUUUAGAGGUGAUUGAGCUGGCCACAGUAAAGAGGCCACAAGAGCGAGGGUAUGCCCUCCAGCAAUGGCACGAGUCAGGGGGUGUUAUGAUCAUCGGCUACGAGAUGUACCGAAACCUGACCCAGGGAAGAAACAUCAAGAGCAAGAAGCUCAAAGAGUUGUUUCAGAAGACUCUGGUAGAUCCAGGUCCAGACAUAGUAAUCUGUGAUGAAGGUCAUAUCCUGAAGAACGAGGCGUCUGCUGUGUCCAAAGCAAUGAACUCUAUCAGGACGAGGAGGAGAGUCGUGCUGACUGGAACGCCUCUGCAAAACAACCUCAUCGAAUACCACUGCAUGGUGAACUUCAUCAAGGAGAACCUGCUUGGGUCAGUUAAGGAGUUCAGGAAUCGCUUCGUCAACCCCAUUCAGAAUGGUCAGUCUGCCGACUCCACACUACAUGAUGUCCGCAUCAUGAAAAAGAGAGCUCACAUCCUCUACGAAAUGCUGGCUGGCUGCGUCCAGAGGAAAGAUUACACGGCACUCACCAAGUUCCUGCCCCCCAAACACGAGUACGUGCUGUCAAUCAGAAUUACUCCGAUCCAGUGUAAACUCUACAGAUACUAUCUGGAGCACUUCACCGGUGUGGGGAAUGCUUUGGAGGGGGGCCGGGGCCGCGCAGGGACCAAACUCUUCCAGGAUUUCCAGAUGCUCAGCAGAAUCUGGACCCAUCCCUGGUGCCUUCAGCUGGACUACAUCAGUAAAGAAAACAAGGGUUUCUUUGACGAGGACAGCAUGGAAGAAUUCAUCGCUUCAGAAACAGAAGAAUCCUCCAUGAGUCUGAGCUCUGAGGAUGAGAAGAAGAAAAAGAAAAAGAAGCAAGGGAAGGGAAAAAGGAGGGGAUCUGAUGACUCGGACAGUGAUGAUGUGGAGGUCAUCAAGGAGUGGAACAGCAGCUCUCGGGGCAACGGAGUGGCUCGAAACAGGGCAGAGCCUGUAGAGGAGCCUCCACGCACUGGCUCAACACCUGGGAGCCCCACCCCUGACUGGCACAAGGAGUUUGUCGCAGAGGCUGACGCUGAAAUCCUGGAACACUCCGGAAAGAUGGUGAUCCUCUUUGAGAUCAUGCGCAUGGCUGAAGAAGUAGAAGAGAAAGUGUUGGUCUUCAGUCAGUCUCUUAUCUCUCUUGACCUGAUCGAGGAUUUCCUGGAGUUGGCUUGCAGAGCUAAAGAUGAAGACAAACCCUCUCCAUACAAAGGUGAAGGCAAGUGGUUCAGGAACAUUGACUACUAUCGCCUGGAUGGCUCCACUAAUGCCACCAGCAGGAAGAAGUGGGCGGAAGAGUUUAAUGACCCCAGUAACCCGAGAGGUCGUUUGUUCCUCAUUUCGACUCGAGCUGGCUCCCUCGGCAUCAACUUGGUGGCAGCUAACCGGGUCAUCAUCUUUGACGCCUCCUGGAAUCCUUCGUAUGACAUCCAGAGUAUCUUCAGGGUCUACCGUUUUGGUCAGGUUAAGACCGUCUUCGUCUACAGAUUCCUGGCUCAGGGUACAAUGGAGGAGAAGAUUUAUGAGCGGCAGGUAACCAAACAAUCUCUGUCAUUCCGGGUGGUGGACCAGCAGCAGAUUGAGAGGCACUUUACAAUGAACGAGCUGGCUGAGCUCUACACCUUUGAGCCGGACAUGCUGGACGAUCCCUCGGCGAAGAAGAGCAAGAAAGCCACACCUGUGCUCCCUAAGGAUACCUUCCUGGCCGAGCUGCUGCAGUCCAAUAAGGAACAGAUUGCGUGUUAUCACGAACAUGACUCCCUGCUGGACCACAAGGAGGAGGAAGCCCUAAGCGAGGAGGAACGCAAGGCUGCCUGGGCCGAGUACGAAGCAGAGAAGAAGGGUCUGACCAUGAGGACCAACUACCAGACAGGGUACGGACAGAUGGACAUGGGCGCCUCGGGCUACAUGCCCUACAACAUGGCGGCUUUGGCCUCCAUGACCAACCAGCAGCUGGAGGACCUUAUAAACCAGGGGCGGCAGAAAGUCAUUGAUGCAACAAAUGCAUUGAAGAGUUUACCGCGGGAGUCACUUGAAGACAUUAUUGGCAGAGUGUGGGAGGAGAACUCUUCACUCACAGAGACCCAGGUCCAGUCCAUGGCUCUGGGACGACAGGCCAGUGUGGAGCUGGAGCUCAAACGUAGGGAGGCCGUUUACAGGGACGUUCUCACCAGGCAGCAGACGCUGAUGAUGUACGUGCAAAAGCUGAUCACCAACAGGAAGGUCCAAGAGCAGCAGCUGGCUAUGGCUAACCAGGCCACCUACCUGAACCAGUUUGCCCUGCAGAACGGCAUGAUCGGGGGCAGCGGGCUCAGCCAGAUUGACCUGCUGGGGCUUUACCAGCAGCUCCAUGGGAUGGGCUCCCACCAAGCCAUGGGCAAGAAUCCUGGGCCCUCCAAGGGCUUGUAGGUCAGAAGGAGGCUCCCUCAACCACCACUCAGCUAGCCAGCUCCCAGCGGCCCAGUCCAAGCAAGGCCCUGAUCUCUGACGGCUAAGAACUCAAAGUAAGCCGGCACACCAAGCAGAGAGUGGAGUGGUUUUGAGACUAGGCUGCUGUCCACAUGGGGCCUCAAGUGGCGUAGACUCUCAGUCCUUUAUAUUCUGUAGUUCACUGAGAGACGGUGGAAUAUAACGUAUAAAUGACUGUGUGAAAGGGUCUAUUAGGAUUCUCAACAUAAAUAAAAAUGUAUAUACCGCCUUAAUGUUAUUCAAGUUCUAUAUCUUCAUUUUUCAUGUAUUUAAGGAGAGACGAGUUUUACCCUCAAUGCUUUUAAGCAUUGUAUUGUUUUCCCCUUCAAAGAGGGUUUCCUUAUUAUUUAACUCAGUUUUUUUAUACUGUUUUAAAAGCCUAACUAAACCUGAGUGGGACCAGUGUCGUUGGUGACAGGACUAUAAUGUAAAGCUCUCAGUAGGUUCCUCCUCCAAUAUUUAGCAAAACAGACAUUUGUUGUUGUUGUUGCAACGUCCUGCUCUUUUUGGGAGUUAGAAGUAAAAUUGAUCAACAAAAAUAGGAAAAAAAAAUUUUAAAAGUAUGGCCUUAUAUUCAUUUCCUAAAAAAACACAAAAAAACCUCUGUAAAGUUCUGAGAAUUGAGAUUGUUGAGAAUUUUUUCUAUUAUGCUUUUAAGUGUUGACAUUAGUUGUCGCUGAACAUGGUAAUGGAAUGCUUGUGUUGUUCAAAACUGCCUGCCGGUUCCUAUGACCUUUUUGUAACAUCAUUCUCAUCAUCACGUGUUGUCUAGCAUAGCACUGUGCGUCCUGUUCAUGUUUAUGUUCCACUUGUGUUGAUCCCGAGCCUGGGUGAAUAACUGGGUCUCACAAAGCACGACCAGUUCAGCCAGGUAAACACAGGGCCCAAACUAAUUCCCUUUACUUGUUUGUCGAGGUUUGAAAUGUGUGUUUCCAGGAUGGAUUUGAUUGGAAGAGUAAAGAAGGGAAAUCUUAUUAUAUCUGACUGACUUGUGUCGUCCGCUUUGUGACACCUGGACUCUCCCCGGGCAGGCUCCCAUACUACCUGUUAUCUACUUUGGCACAUUCUCGCUUCUAAAUGCUUAAACUGGUGUAGCUGUUAAUCAUGAGGGAUGUGUUCAUUUCUCAUGAAGAGACACCUGUUGUCUCCAGUUGGCUCCUGUGUUUGCGCAAGGUGUAUUUCAUUAAUGUAGACAAACUUUUUUGCCCUCCUCUAAGAAUGUUCUUAUGUUAGCAAAUACACCAACAUGAUUUGCCAUCAAAUUUGAUCUGCGUUUAUCUUGAUAAGUAUUUAAUAUAACAUUUAAUAAAGUGACCAAAAGGUU